GGCACCACCCCAGCCCACGAAAUAGAAAAUCCCAAAAAUCUCUCCCAAGUUUUUAUCUUGCCAAGUGCAAACUGCAAACAAAUUUCGUCUUUUAUUUUUCUUUCUUUUGUUUAUUUUAUUUUUUAAUUUAUUUUGCUGGUGUUUUUCUUACCUUUUAUUUAUUCGUUUAAAUAUUUAACUAGGGAGAGAUCGCCUUAUUCGCCUCUCCUCCGCCCACCAAAAGUCCAAAACCUCUCUCUCUCUCUCUUUCUUUUUCUCUCUCCCUGGGUUUCUCGCUCCUGCAAAAACCCUGUCAAAACCUUCGAAUCCCAUAACCUCCAAUCAAAGAAGAAGGUUAUAGAUACACAUAUAUACAUACAUAGAUACAUAUAUACUUAUAGCAAAAAAAGGGAAUCUUUUGGUAGCUAUGGCGGCGAGUGCCCAGUGGCAGCCCAAGGAAGAAGGAUUCAAUGAGAUCUGCGGGCUUUUGGAGCAGCAGAUUUCCCACUCCUCUUCUUCCGCUGACAAGUCUCAGAUAUGGCAGCAGCUUCAGCACUACUCUCAGUUCCCCGAUUUCAACAACUAUCUCGCUUUCAUUCUCGCUCGCGCCGAGAAUAAAUCAGUGGAGGUUCGACAAGCUGCAGGCCUGCUGUUGAAAAAUAACCUUCGGACUGCAUAUAAAUCAAUGGUUCCUGCAUACCAGCAAUACAUAAAGUCAGAGUUAUUGCCUUGCUUAGGAGCAGCAGAUAGGCACAUUAGGUCUACAGCCGGCACGAUUAUAAGCGUUGUUGUUCAACUAGGAGGAAUUUCAGGAUGGCCCGAGUUGUUGCAAGCUCUUGUGAGUUGCUUAGACAGCAAUGAUCUAAAUCACAUGGAAGGUGCUAUGGAUGCUUUAUCCAAGAUUUGUGAGGAUGUUCCUCAAGUGCUUGAUUCAGAUGUACCUGGGUUAGCUGAACGCCCCAUCGACGUAUUCCUUCCUAGAUUAUUUCAGUUUUUUCAGUCACCACAUUCCACAUUACGGAAGCUUUCUUUGGGUUCUGUAAAUCAGUACAUUAUGUUGAUGCCAGCGGCUUUAUAUAUGUCCAUGGAUAAAUAUCUUCAAGGUUUGUUUAUCCUUGCAAAUGACUCUUCCUCAGAAGUGCGGAAAUUGGUUUGCUCAGCAUUUGUUCAGCUAAUUGAAGUCCGCCCAUCUUUCUUGGAGCCACAUCUGAAGAAUGUGAUUGAGUAUAUGUUGCGAGUGAACAAGGACGCCGAUGAUGAAGUCGCUCUUGAAGCUUGUGAAUUCUGGUCUGCAUACUGUGAUGCUCAGUUACCACCAGAGAACUUAAGAGAGUUCUUGCCGCGGCUAAUUCCGGUUUUACUGUCAAACAUGGGCUAUGCUGAUGAUGAUGAGUCGCUUAUUGAUGCUGAGGAGGAUGAAUCUGUCCCAGAUCGCGAUCAGGAUAUCAAACCUCGUUUUCAUUCAUCACGGCUUCAUGGAUCAGAUAAUGUUGAAGAUGACGACGAUGAUAUUGUUAAUGUAUGGAAUCUACGCAAAUGCAGUGCAGCAGCUCUUGACGUUAUCUCAAAUGUGUUCGCGGAUGAGAUUCUUCCAACGUUGAUGCCUUUAUUUCAGACCAACCUGUCUGCUAGCGGUGAUGAAGCUUGGAAGGAAAGAGAAGCUGCUGUUUUGGCUCUUGGUGCCGUAGCUGAGGGUUGCAUUAAUGGUCUUUAUCCACAUUUGUCUGAGAUUAUUUCAUUUCUAAUCCCCUUAUUAGAUGAUAAGUUUCCUCUCAUUCGGAGUAUUUCUUGCUGGACAAUUUCUCGUUUCAGUAAGUUCAUUGUUCAGGGUGUUGGGCAUCAACAAGGUUAUGAGCAAUUUGACAGUGUUCUCAUGGGCCUGUUAAGAAGAAUAUUGGAUACCAACAAGCGGGUUCAAGAGGCCGCUUGUUCUGCCUUUGCUACACUUGAAGAGGAGGCUGCAGAAGAGUUGGCACCAAGAUUAGAGAUAAUUUUGCAGCACCUCAUGUGUGCUUUUGGAAAAUAUCAGAGGCGGAACCUCAGAAUUGUAUAUGAUGCUAUUGGAACUCUGGCCGAUGCUGUUGGUGAAGAGCUAAAUCAGCCUGCUUAUCUUGAUAUUUUGAUGCCACCAUUGAUCGCAAAGUGGCAACAACUUUCAAAUGCAGACAAAGAUCUAUUCCCACUGCUUGAGUGCUUUACGUCUAUAUCACAGGCAUUGGGUACUGGAUUCUCUUCAUUUGCGGAGCCUGUAUUUCAGAGAUGCAUAAACAUCAUUCAGACCCAACAAUUGGCAAAGGUUGAUCCUGUUUCUGCUGGGGCCCAGUAUGACAAAGAGUUUAUUGUAUGCUCGCUUGAUCUGCUCUCCGGACUUGCAGAAGGUCUUGGAAGUGGGAUAGAGAGUUUGGUUUCAAAAAGUAAUUUGGUAGACCUGCUUUUGCAAUCUUGCAUAGAUGAUGCUUCUGAUAUCAGACAAAGUGCCUUUGCACUACUUGGCGAUCUUGCUAGAGUUUGUCCUGUUCAUUUGCGACCUCGUUUACCUGAAUUUCUUGACGUUGCAGCAAAGCAAUUGAACACUCUUAAGCUUAAGGAAACUGUCUCGGUUGCAAAUAAUGCAUGCUGGGCAAUUGGAGAACUAGCGGUAAAGGUUCGUCAAGAAAUUUCUCCAGUUGUUAUGACAGUCAUUUCACGCUUGGUCCCCAUUCUCCAUGCAGAGGGGCUCAAUAAAUCACUUAUCGAAAAUAGUGCUAUCACUCUUGGGAGGCUUGCAUGGGUUUGUCCAGAGCUUGUGUCUCCACAUAUGGAGCAUUUCAUGCAAGCAUGGUGCACUGCUUUGUCUAUGAUACGUGAUGACAUUGAAAAAGAGGAUGCAUUCCGAGGUCUAUGUGCGAUGGUUAGAGCAAAUCCAUCCGGAGCAUUAAGUUCAAUGGUUUCUAUGUGCCAAGCUAUUGCAAGUUGGCAUGAAAUAAGGAGUGAGGAGCUCCAUAAUGAAGUUUGCCAGGUGUUACAUGGGUAUAAGCUGAUGCUUGUGAAUGGAGCAUGGGAGCAGUGUAUGUCUGCUUUGGAUCCCCCAGUAAAGGAGAGGCUAUCAAAAUAUCAAGUUUAACCCGUUCUCAUAACGUGCUCUCUCUGCUGGCUCUCUGUGCUCACCAGAGCUGUUUGUCCGGAUCAACUUUGUUGAUCGUUUUUGUGAUUGUCCAGUAACACUGUGGUCAUGAUUCUUUUGAGCAAAGAUCAAAUAUUGGUCCCCAAUACGUCGGAGGAAACUUAGCCGUUGAAAUAAUCGAAGCUUGAAUUCAUUUACACCUCUUCAAAUGUUACCAUGGGUUCAUCCAGUACUUGAGAAAAGUGAAGCUACUCAGGGUUGGGAAUGGCUGGUGUACAGGGGUGGUGUGGCUUUCCAAGCUUUGAGGGUGUUUUUGUUCUUGGAGUCUUGUUUUGAAGGCAAAGAAACAGUCAAGUCAGUCAUUGGAGUCAUCAUUUUUUAUAAUAUAGAUGUCUCAUUCAAAUGUGGGAAUCAUCAUCAUUUUUCAUUUAGGUUUGAAAUUUUUCAUAAAUUAGCAAUUUUUAGUGGAUAGGGUUGUCUUUUUUCUAGAGAUUUUGUAUAAGGGUUUUUUGAAUUGCGGAUUCCAAUUUUCUAAUGUUUCAUAUACAGUCCAAUUUUAAGGAAGUGUAGCCUUUAUUUUUAAGAAUGGCAAUCAGUGAUUCUU